UCCGCCUCGAUCGGACCGGACCGGGUGUUAGUUGACUUCUCGCCAGGACAGUGCUCGCGUUUUUUGGUCGUACGGUGCCCGUUUUUUGUUGCAACUAACAGCCACAUCCAACCAACAUGGCCAACAUUGAGCUGGAAACGGAGGACAAGCUGGAGUACCGGUUCGUCCCGGCCGGUAAUGGGGUGGUCAACUUUAAGGUACGUGCCGCCAACGAUGCCCAUCUGGCGCUUACGACGUCCCCGGUUGAGUCCGACCCGAUGCUGGAGGUGUUUAUCGGUGGCUGGAAGAACACCAAAUCCGUCAUCCGGAAGAACCGCACCAAACCGGACGUCGCCGAGGUGGACACGCCGGACAUUCUGAAUGCGGGCGAGUUCCGUGGUUUCUGGAUCCGCUGGCAGGAUAAUGUCAUCACGGUCGGUAUGGAUGGUUCGGCGGCUGCCUUUUUGUCAUAUGAAAACCCGGAACCGUUCCCGAUUAACUGCGUCGGUGUGUGUACCGGUUGGGGUGCGUCCGGAUCGUGGCUGAUUGAACCGGCUUCGGAACAAGCGAGUCCUUCCGCACCGAUGGCAUCGGCCCUGGCCGGUGUGGCCGCUUGUUGGGUAGCAGCCGCAAACGGUGAAAUCCCACCGAAUGCCGUCGUCGGUGGAUCGGAUGGGGAAGAUCUGUACAUUGGGCGCGCUCAGCACGAGGGUGGCAUCAUCCCUGGCAAGGUGGUCGCCUCGCACGGUGUCUGCUAUCUGCCGUGGGGUGGCACCGAGACACCGAAAGCCGAAUACGAGGUGUUGUGUGAUUUUAAUGGCGAGUUUGUACCGGUCAGUGGUGGAGACAUCCCACCGAACGCGUUGCCGGCGGGUGAAUCUGAGGACGGUGAGCCGUUGUUCGUUGGGCGGGUUACGCACGAGGGUUCGGUGACGCUGGGUAAGGUACAGCCGUCGCAUGGCGUCUGCUACAUUCCGUACGGUGGCCAGGAGAUGGCCUUUGCCGACUACGAGGUGUUUGUUAGUCCUUAGGGCGCGUAAAGUGAGCGCGCUGCGCAAACGGAACGUCCCGCGAACGCGUUUGUUCGCUUGCGUAGGCAAAUCGCACGCUGCAGAAGCAAUUGACGGCUCACUCGCAAAAACGCGUCGGCAACAACCGUUGUCUUAGCGCCUUUCGAAAAAGCACAUGCUCGCUAAUGUUAAACAAAGCUCGUAGCCGUAGAUAUUUAUAUUAACAAGAUGCAGUAUCAAAGCAAAGCGAUCAAGCAGCCCGUAUAAUUGUAAUGUGGUUGGAAAAAUAAAGUAUUUAACGAAUAACG